GGAUAUUCAACUCCUUUGUUUACACUGAGAAAAUCUCAAAUGGAGAAAGUGAAGUACAGCAGCUGGCCAAAAAAAUCCGAGAGAAGUUCAACCGUUACUUGGAUGUGGUCAACCGGAACAAGCAAGUUGUAGAAGCGUCCUAUACAGCUCACCUGACCUCUCCCCUCACUGCGAUUCAAGACUGCUGUACUAUCCCACCCUCCAUGAUGGAAUUCGAUGGGAACUUCAAUACCAAUGUAUCUAGAACAAUUAGUUGUGAUCGACUUUCUACUACUGUGAAUAGCCGGGCCUUCAAUCCAGGACGAGACUUAAAUUCAGUUCUUGCAGACAACCUGAAAUCCAACCCUGGAAUCAAGUGGCAGUAUUUCAGUUCGGAAGAGGGGAUAUUCACUGUCUUCCCAGCACACAAGUUCCGGUGUAAGGGCAGCUAUGAGCAUCGCAGUAGACCUAUCUACGUCUCGACAGUCCGGCCGCAGUCCAAGCACAUAGUAGUGAUCCUGGACCACGGGGCCUCCGUCACCGACACCCAGCUCCAGAUCGCCAAGGAUGCCGCCCAGGUCAUCCUCAGCGCCAUCGACGAACACGAUAAGAUCUCAGUGCUGACUGUGGCAGACACGGUGAGGACCUGCUCCCUGGACCAGUGCUACAAGACGUUCCUGUCUCCAGCCACCAGUGAGACCAAAAGGAAGAUGUCCACCUUCGUCAGCAGCGUCAAAUCUUUGGACAGUCCUACCCAGCACGCCGUGGGAUUUCAAAAGGCAUUUCAGCUGAUUCGGAGCACAAACAACAACACAAAGUCCCAAGCAAAUACAGACAUGGUCAUCAUUUACCUGUCGGCUGGCCUCACAUCAAAGGAAGAAGAUAAAAAGGCGACGCUCCGUAUCAUCAAUGAAGAAAAUAGCUUUCUAAACAACUCCGUGAUGAUUCUCACCUAUGCCCUCAUGAACGAUGGGGUGACUGGUUUGAAAGAGCUGGCUUUUCUGAGAGAUCUGGCUGAACAGAACUCAGGAAAGUAUGGCGUGCCGGACCGGACAGCCUUGCCCGUGAUUAAGGGCAGCAUGAUGGUGCUGAACCAGCUGAGUAACCUGGAGACCACAGUCGGCAGGUUCUAUACCAACCUUCCCAACAGGAUGAUCGAUGAAGCUGUCUUUAGCCUCCCCUUCUCCGAUGAGAUGGGAGAUGGUUUGAUAAUGACAGUGAGUAAACCCUGUUAUUUUGGAAACCUACUUCUGGGAAUUGUAGGUGUGGACGUGAACCUGGCUUACAUCCUUGAAGAUGUGACGUAUUACCAAGACUCUUUGGCUUCCUAUACUUUUCUCAUAGAUGACAAAGGAUAUACACUUAUGCACCCAUCUCUUACCAGGCCAUAUUUACUAUCAGAACCCCCUCUUCACACUGACAUCAUUCAUUAUGAAAAUAUCCCAAAAUUUGACUUGGUUCGGCAAAAUAUUCUAAGCCUCCCUCUGGGCAGUCAGAUUAUCGCAGUGCCUGUGAACUCAUCCCUGUCCUGGCACAUAAACAAGCUGAGAGAGACCGGGAAGCAGGCGUACAACGUUAGCUACGCCUGGAAGAUGGUACAAGACACUUCCUUUAUUCUCUGUAUUGUGGUGAUACAACCAGAAAUACCUGUCAGACAACUGAAGAACCUCAACACCGUGCCCAGCAGCAAGCUGCUGUACCACCGGCUGGACCUCCUGGGCCAGCCCAGUGCUUGCCUCCACUUCAAACAGCUGGCCACUCUAGAGAGUCCAACCGUCAUGCUGUCUGCUGGCAGCUUUUCCUCCCCCUACGAGCACCUCAGCCAGCCCGAGACAAAGCGCAUGGUGGAGCACUACACAGCCUACCUCAGUGACAACACCCGCCUCAUUGCCAACCCGGGGCUCAAAUUCUCUGUCAGAAAUGAAGUAAUGGCUACCAGCCACGUCACAGAUGAAUGGAUGACACAAAUGGAAAUGAGUAGCCUGAACACUUACAUUGUCCGCCGUUACAUAGCAACGCCCAAUGGCGUCCUCAGAAUUUAUCCUGGUUCCCUCAUGGACAAAGCAUUUGAUCCCACUAGGAGACAAUGGUAUCUCCAUGCAGUAGCUAAUCCAGGGUUGAUUUCCUUGACUGGCCCUUACUUAGAUGUUGGAGGAGCUGGCUACGUGGUGACUAUUAGCCAUACAAUUCAUUCAUCCAGUACACAGAUGUCUUCUGGUCACACUGUGGCUGUGAUGGGCAUUGACUUCACGCUUAGAUACUUCUACAAGGUUCUGAUGGACUUAUUGCCUGUUUGUAACCAAGAUGGCGGCAACAAAAUAAGGUGCUUCAUCAUGGAGGACAGGGGCUACCUGGUGGCACAUCCGACCCUCAUUGACCCCAAAGGCCACGCGCCUGUGGAACAGCAGCACAUCACCCACAAGGAGCCCCUGGUAGCAAAUGACAUCCUGAACCACCCCAACUUCGUCAAGAAAAACUUGUGCAACAGCUUCAGUGACAGGACAGUACAGAGGUUUUACAAGUUCAACACUAGCCUUGUGGGGGAUUUGACGAACCUUGUGCACGGCAGCCACUGUUCUAAGUACAGACUGGCCAGGAUCCCAGGAACCAACGCGUUUGUGGGCAUUGUCAACGAAACGUGCGACUCCCUUGCCUUCUGUGCUUGUAGCAUGGUGGAUCGACUCUGCCUCAACUGUCACCGAAUGGAACAAAACGAAUGUGAAUGUCCCUGUGAGUGCCCUCUGGAGGUCAAUGAGUGUACUGGCAACCUCACCAAUGCAGAAAACCGAAACCCAAGCUGCGAGGUCCACCAGGAGCCGGUGACAUACACAGCUACAGACCCUGGCCUGCAAGAUGCUCUUCACCAGUGUGUCAACAGCAGGUGCAGUCAGAGGAUGGAGAGCGGGGACUGCUUUGGUGUGCUGGACUGCGAGUGGUGCAUGGUGGACAGCGAUGGAAAGACUCACCUGGACAAAGCCUACUGUGCGCCCCAGAAAGAAUGCUUUGGGGGGAUUGUGGGAGCCAAAAGUCCCUACGCUGAUGACAUGGGAGCCAUAGGUGAUGAGGUGAUCACAUUGAACAUGAUUAAAAGUGCCCCCGUGGGCCCCGUGGCCGGAGGCAUCAUGGGGUGCAUCAUGGUGCUGGUCCUCGCCGUGUACGCCUACCGCCAUCAGAUUCACCGCCGGAGCCAUCAGCACAUGUCUCCUCUGGCCGCUCAAGAAAUGUCAGUGCGUAUGUCCAACCUGGAGAAUGACAGAGAUGAAAGGGACGACGACAGCCACGAAGACAGAGGCAUCAUCAGCAAUACUCGGUUUAUAGCCGCGGUCAUGGAGCGGCACGCACACAGUCCGGAGAGGAGGCGUCGCUACUGGGGCCGCUCGGGAACCGAGAGUGAUCAUGGCUACAGCACGAUGAGCCCACAGGAAGACAGUGAAAACCCUCCGUGCAACAAUGACCCCUUGUCCGCAGGGGUCGACGUGGGGAACCACGAUGAGGACUUGGACCUGGACGCCCCGCCGCAGACCGCGGCCCUCCUAAGUAACAAGUUCCACCACUACCGCCUGCCCCACCCCACGCUCCAUCACAGCCACCACCUCCAGGCGGCCGUGACCGUGCACACCGUGGAUGCGGAGUGCUAACCACCCCGCACCUCCGUGAGAAGACGGGAGCUGGGAGGUGCAGGGCGCUCCGGAGAGGGAAAGAGCCAGCCUAACACCCACAGCAAGAAACCCCUUGCAUUUGGGCUUGGUCCAGAGUGAUCGAACUCAUGUCCAGCCUGCGAAUACAUUGGAGAAGGAGAGAAACAACCCGAUCGCACUUGGGAAGGUGCCCGGCUGGUUCUGCCACGGAGGGGAAAUUAGCCUGAUAAACGAGCCGGCCGUGACCCACACGGAAUGGAACUGAAGGCAAACCUCCAAACACAGAGACAGAACCUACACAGGAAACAUCGGGAGCCUUCGUUAAGCUGAGCUAGAGGAAUGUGCUGAGGAGCCAGAAACGCUCGGCUCUCCUUAACCGGACGGGACGGGACGGGGCGAGAGAAAAAUGCGCUCCAGCGGAGCCGGGGAAUGUGGCACGGCCCGUCCUGGGAGCAGCGUGUGCGCUGAAGACUUCGCUUUGCUCCUCGGCGGUACCCAGCCACCACGAUUGCCGUAGGGGACUUGUGUGAAGCUCUACAUGAUGCAUCUCAAGAUUUCUAAGCAAAGGAUUAUUUUUCUACUAUUUAUUGAACUUGCAAACAUUCUCAAACUUUGGGGGAAAGAAAAGGAAGCACAUGAGAAGUUUUCGGCAGUGAUCCCUAGCUGUGUUGUGUGUGAUGAAGUGGUUCUUUGACUAAGGAGUUCUAUUUCUUAUUUAACUGAUCUCACCCCCCCCCCCCCCGCCCCACUCAGCAAAUGGGAAAAUGAAGAAAUCUUUCUCUCUGACAUGUUUACAUCCAUUUCCUUUAGACCAUCAUUUCAUGGACACACAUACCUUGGUUAGUAGUACAGUACAGUAUUCUUUCUCUGGGUUUGACAGAGGUGGGGAGGGGCAGAGAAAUCCUAGAAACUUAUAAGGAAAAUUGUGUUCCUUUUUAACACAAUCCCACUCCCCAUGCGAUGCUUUUCUUGGGUUUCUAGGAAACCUCCUGACACAACCCCAGCCUUCUAGCGAAGGGAGGUUGUGUUUCCUUCUCCUUGUUUCAGAGACGAGAAAUUUGAAAAUGUCCUAUUUUGAUUCUGAGAAUAUUGAAUGCAUAAAGGAAGAAGUUUUUAAAAUUGGAAAUUUGGAUUGUGCGUGAGAGAUUUCUUUUGACAUCAUCGUUCAGAGCUGCUGCCGGGUAUGCGGGAAGUUGCCCGCCAAGCUGCUUGGUGACGUACUCAGAGAUGAACGAGAUCGGGCUACGAGAACAUGGCGUUGUGAGUUGAAAGUAGUGUUCCAAUGACAGUGAUGUAUUUUAGAUUCACCCGUUGUGAUUCCAAUAUGAUAUAAAGACAUUCUUGCACCGUGUGUGUGGUAAAUCUCCGUUUAUGUGUAGUUGGAAAAAAGUCACUGAAUAAUGUUUUCAUGAUAGGGUAUUAUGAUAUAAUGUUUUUUUUAAAUAAAUAAAAAAAGGCUCGUCCGCAGUACCGGAAGCAAACUACGUGUGCUAUCAGGAAAUCCCUUCGUACUGUGUAUGAAAUGGCAGUCUAGUGGAAUAAACUGUAUGAAUGGACAGUGUUCAUGGUUAUAGUGAUUUGUUCAUGUACCACUGCUCGUGCCUCCAGGCAAGGUGCGUUCCCCCUUUGUGCCCUAGCGGAUGGGUCGCCAGGCUGAAAGCAGGCCUCCUUGCUAGGCUGUAGUCAAGGUCAGGGGCUCCUGGACCAUCUUGAAUAUGCAAAGAAAUUUUAAGAAUGUAAUGGGAUAAAAUGAGAAGCCAAUAUUUUAAUGUGUGUGGGACGUAGCUCCCCUUCCUGAGCAUCUGAAUCAGUGUCAUUAAUAAUGAAUAAAUGGUUGUUCUUGAACUGCUGGAGAGAAUGGAUGGCUUUCCUGACUUCCCGGAAAAUUAAACCUCUCCUUGGAAUACUGGGGUUGUGUGUUUUUUCUAAAGUGAAGAGCCUUCGUGUUAUGACACUAGUUUCUUGAUGGGGAGUGAGGGGGAGGGGAACUUGGUGUUUCUAAGGAAAGAAUCACAAGACUUAGAGCUUAAAAAUAAAAAAUGGUACAGCCUACUCAAACAUAA